AUGGAGGAGUGUGAAGCGCUUUGCUCCAGAUUAACUGUUAUGGUCAAUGGACGGUUGUUCUGUUUGGGACCGCUACAACAUCUUAAGAACAAAUUCUCACAAGGUUAUACUCUAAUUGUGAAAUGUAGAGAGACGUCACAAAGAGUUGCAGACGUAGCAAGGAUAAGAGAGUUUGUCAUAGCCAAUUUUCAGGAUGCUAGACACAUCGAAACCUACCUCGGCAUUAGUACGUAUUACAUUCGCGAUCAAGAGCUGCUUUGGUGGCAGCUUUUCGACAAAAUGGAGGAGGCCAAAUCCCUCUACCCCAUCGAGGACUACUCCGUAUCACAGACCACGCUCGAACAAGUGUUCUUACAGUUUACGCGUAUGCGAGAAAACUCACGUACGUAA